GUGCGACUGAGGAGACGUUUUUCGCCAUGAACAUGUUACCGCCAUCAGCUUUUGUUCCCUUGCUGGCUUGUCUUUUGCCUCUGAUGUCGGCAACCGUUGUUCAAGAUUUUAAUCACAUCGAGCGGUGCAAGGACUCCCUGUAUAUGGGGACACCGCCGCGGGGGUUCACUGACACCAAGCUGAAGAGGAUCUGUCAGAGGUACAUGGACCGACCUCGCUUUGUGACCCUGUACGACCCCCAGAAGAGGAUUCCAGUUUACUCCGCUUAUACCUUCAAGAAGACAGAAGGAGACAGACGGGUGGACUACCCUUGGAUGUUCGAGCCCCAGCUGGCAGAGGUCGAUGGUAACGGAAACAUGCAGCCCUUCCCCACCGGCUACCUGCACAUGAAGUUUGAGGACAGCCAGGCGGUGCUGGAUGACUACUCGGACGUGGUCCUGUAUGAGAGAGGUCACCUGAACCCGGACCAGCACCAGUCCACCCCACACGACCGCGCCGCCACCUACACCCUCACCAACGUGGUCCCGGAGAUCCGCGAGUUCAACAUCGGGCCUUGGCGCGAGUACGAGGAGCGGAUCCGCGUCCGCCUCAACAACUUCUGCCGCGGCACGGCCUACAUCGUGACCGGCGUGACCACCAGAGGCAACAUGAUCCGCAGAAACAACCAGGACCGCGUGGCCAUCCCCGAAGACGUGUGGUCCGCCUACUGCUGCACCGAAUAUGACCGCAACGCACCACACAACGUGCGCAUCCGCUUCCCGACCUACGCAGUCUUGGCCAAAAACGCCAAAGAGGGAAACAGCGUGAACGAGAUGCCGGUCCAGGAACUCGAGAUGUUCCUGAGGAGUCAUUUAGAUGUUGACCAGAACCUUCAGCUAUUCUAUGAUAACUGCAUUUCUCCAUCACCCCUCCCUCUAUAUCUCCAACACACCAUCUGAAAGCUUCAAGCGUACGUGAUGGUUUGGCUAAUACACCUUUGAGUGAAUGGGGAUAAUGGUAAUUUGUACUAAGGAGGAUUGGAAAAACAUAAAAUAGGCUAUAGUCAUAACUCUCUGUUAUUUUAAUUUAUCUCGCAGUUCAGUUAUUAUUUGGGAAAACAGAGUUAGUUUUUCUUUAAAAGCUUUCUGUUCUGUUUAUAUCUCCUUUUUUUAAAAAGGAGAACUGCUUUGUUGGAAGAAGGUUAUUUAAUUUACGGAUGAGUUAAAGGUUAUGUAA